CAUCUGUGAGCUAGGGUCAUCAGUGCCCCCCUCCCUGGCUUGUGGGGAAUAACGGAGCAAACAGCAAUGGGGACAGCCCCCAAGUGUGCCUCCCCUCUUCCCCACCUAGCACACAGGAAGUGUGCCGGAACUCUGCUGGAGAAACCACGCCCACAUCGGGAGGGCGGAGAUAACCCCGGGUUCUACCAGCCAGUUUGGGGCUAGUUGUCGCGGGAGGCUGUGCUGGGGGAAGGGGUUACCCAAUGUAGUCCUGCAACGCCCGCCGUAUCCGUGUGGCUUUGCCGCAUGGUGUUAUUUUGAUAAUCGCCCUGGGAAGUGGGAGGGUCUGGAAUCAUUGUCUCCAUUUGAAACUUGGGGAAACUGAGUCCCACAGAAAUUGGCUUCAUCCGGAGAUUGGAACACUUCCAGACACUCGCCGCCUUCAUCUUGCUGGUGGAGCCCAGACACAGUUUCCGGCGGCCCUCGCGGGGGUCAGCGGGAGGCUCCUGAGGCUGUGUCCAGGCUCUGAACUGCCCUAGGUCGGCAGACUGGCUGCGGGUGGGCCGCAGAUAUGUCCCGGUCGCUGGCUUUUGUCCUCAAUGUCCCUGAGACCCCACAGGACCCAGAGGACAGCCAGGAGCCCAGCCCCUAUGAUGAGAGCGAAGUGCACGACUCUUUCCACCAGCUCAUCCAGGAGCAGAGCCGCUGGGUGGCCGAGGAGGGGCUGGAGCUGCAGCACAGGGCGCUGGGGGCUGGAGCCCUGGGGGCCUCAGGCAGUGACCGCCAGGCCUUGCUGGGGCCCGAGGGCGCCCCUGUCUACAGCACGGCCACACUCCGCAUCUUGGCCAGCAUGCCCAGUCGCACCAUUGCGGCCUCCACAGGCCGGAGCCGCGGCGCCAUCAUCUCCCAGUACUACAGCCGUACGGUGAGGCUGCGCCGCAGGGCCGGCCGGCCUCAGCUCAGAGAUGUGGGCCGCUCAGCCCGGCCCAGCCUCCGCCUGUACGACCUGGAGCUGGACCCCGCGGUCCUGGAGGAGGAUGAGAAGCAGGGUCUCCUGGUGAAGGAGCUUCAGGGCCUGACGGUGGCCCAGCGGGACCACAUGCUCCGGGGGAUGCCACUGAGCCUGGCCGAGAAACGCUGCCUGCGAGUGGAGAGCCGGCCCCCGAGGGGCAAGCGGAGGGCCCGGGGGCGCCAUGGGCUCCUCUCCUGCUGCAGCCGGCUGCGCGACAGCUGUAUCCUGGCGUCGCACAACCUGGGGCUCGUGCUGCUCUCGGGGCUGCAGGCCCUGAUGCCCUGGCACUAUGCCCUGAAGCGGAUCGGGGGCCAGUUCGGCUCCAGCGUUCUCUCCUACUUCCUCUUCCUCAAGACCCUGCUGGCCUUCAACACGCUGCUGCUGCUGCCACUGCUGGCCUUUAUCGUGGCCGUGCAGGCAGCCUUUCCGCCUGCGCCCUCGGGCUCCGCGCCCGCCUUCAGGGGCCUGGAGCUUCUCACGGGCGGGGGCUGCUUCACCCACACCGUCAUGUACUACGGCUACUAUAGUAACGCGACGCUGAACCAGCCGUGUGCCUCCCCACUGGAUGGCGGCCAGUGCACGCCUGAGGCGGGCGGCCUGCCCUACAACAUGCCCCUGGCCUACCUCUUCACCGUGGGGGUAGCUUUCUUUAUCACCUGCAUCACUCUGGUGUACAGCAUGUCCCGCUCUUUUGGGGAGAGCUACCGGGUAGGCAGCACUUCGGGGGUCCAUGCCAUCACUGUUUUCUGUUCCUGGGACUACAAAGUGACUCAGAAAUGGGCCAGCCGCCUCCAGCACGACAACAUCCGAACCCAGCUGAAGGAGCUGCUGGCCGAGGGGCAGCUGAGGCAGCGCCCCCGGAGGGCGUGCGGACGGCUGCAACAGGGGGCCGUGCUGGGGCUCGUUUGGCUGCUGUGUUUGGGGACCACGCUGGUGUGCGCCCUGGCCGUCUACACCUUCUCAGAGCUCGUGAUCCAGCAGAGCCGCGUGUCUGCUGAGCGGGACGGGGCGCUGCUGGCCUUGCCCCUGGUGGUCUGCCUUCUCAACUUGGGGGCCCCCUACCUGUUCCGCGUCCUGGCCGUCCUGGAGCGGCACGACUCCCCGGUGCUAGAGGUGUACGUGGCCAUCUGCAGGAACCUCAUCCUCAAGGUGGUCAUCCUGGGGAUUCUCUGCUACCACUGGCUGGGCCGCAGGGUGGGCACCCUGAAGGACCAGUGUUGGGAGGACUUUGUGGGCCAGGAGCUGUACCGGCUCAUGGUGAUGGACUUCAUCUUCACGCUGCUGGACACGCUUCUGGGGGAGCUGGUGUGGAGGCUCAUCUCUGAGAAGAGGUCUCAGAGGAAGGGAAAGCCUGAGUUCGACAUUGCGGGGAAUGUUCUGGAGCUGAUUUAUGGGCAGACCCUGACCUGGCUGGGGGUCCUCUUCUCCCCGCUGCUCCCCGCCAUGCAGAUCAUCAAGCUGCUGUUCCUCUUCUACGUCAAGAAGACCAGCCUGAUGGCCAACUGCCAGGCGCCCCGCAGGCCCUGGAAGGCCUCCCACAUGAGCACCGUCUUCAUCUCGCUGCUCUGCUUCCCCUCCUUUCUGGGCGCUGCCGUCUUCCUCUGCUACGCCAUCUGGCAGGUGAAGCCCUCGAGCAUCUGCGGCCCCUUCCGGACCCUGGACACUAUGUAUGAGGCAGGCAAGGUGUGGGUGCGCCACCUGGAGAAGGCGGGCCCUGGGGUCUCCUGGCUGCCCUGGAUCCACCGGUACCUGGUGGAAAGUGCCUUCCCCAUCUACUUGGCAUCGGCUCUGCUGCUGGCCGUGAUCUACCUCAACAUCCAGGUGGUGAAGGGCCAGCGGAAAGUCAUCUGCCUCCUCAAGGAGCAGCUAAGCAACGAGGGGGAAGACAAAAUCUUCUUAAUCAACAAGCUUCAGCGUAUCUAUGAGAGGAAGGAGAGGAGCAGGGUUGGUAGAACCGAGGAGGCCGUGAUGCCCCCGGCCGUAUUCACAGACGACUGGGAUGCCCAGUAGGACAGCGUUGGGCCUGGCAGCCCGGGAACCCUGUCACCCUCGGUUCCCAUGGACCUGCAGGCACAGAUGUUGCCUGGAGAUGGCCCUGCUGGGACACGGGGAAGGUGACGGGAGUCUGCAGCCCGUCUGAGGCUGAAGCACCCCCGGUGGGCCCUGCCCAGGACUCUUUUUAUCCUGAUUAAACACAUUUUGCGAAAUGGG